AUGAUGUGGGAGCUGCGCUCCAUCGCCUUCACCAGGGCCGUCCUUGCGGAGUUCCUGGCCACCCUGGUCUUCGUGCUCUUCGGCCUGGGCUCAGCCCUGAACUGGCCCUCGGCGCCGGCCCCGAGCACCCUGCAGAUCGCGCUGGCCUUCGGGCUGGCCAUCGGGACGCUGGUGCAGGCCCUGGGCCACGUCAGCGGCGCCCACAUCAACCCCGCCGUGACACUGGGCUGCCUGCUGGGCUCGCAGCUCUCCCUGCUCCGCGCCCUCUUCUACGUGGUGGCCCAGCUGCUGGGGGGCGUGGUGGGCGCUGCCAUCCUGCAUGAGGUCACCCCGGCCAGCGCCCGCCAGGGCCUGGCCCUCAACAAGCUGCACAAUGAGACCACGGCAGGGCAGGCGGUGACGGUGGAGCUGUUCCUCACCUUCCAGCUGGUCCUGUGCAUCUUUGCUUCCACAGACGAGCGGCGUGAGGACAACCUGGGCUCCCCUGCCCUCUCCAUCGGCCUCUCUGUGGCCGUGGGGCACCUUCUCGGGAUCCGUUACACCGGCUGCUCCAUGAACCCCGCCAGGUCCUUUGCCCCCGCGGUCGUCGUUGGAGACUUCAGCGACCACUGGGUGUUCUGGGUGGGCCCCCUGAUUGGGGCUGCAGCAGCUUCCAUCCUCUACAACUACGUGCUGUUCCCACAGGCCAAAACCCUCUCGGAGCGCUUGGCCAUCCUCAAAGGCUGCGAGCCCGAGCAGGACUGGGCCGAGCGCGAGGCCCGGCGGCGCCAGUCCGUGGAGCUGCACUCCCCCCAGACCCUGCCCAGGGGGAUGUCUGAGAAGGUGUAGCCAAACUCUCCCUGGGCCGAGAGAGGAGCUGGAAACCUCUGGCGUGGUUUUAGUGCUCGUCCAGAGGAGCACCUCACCUGUCCCCUCUCUCCCUCCGUUUCUCCUGGGGCGCUGAAGCUGACUCCUCUCCCGGGGAGAUGCUGUGCUGGUCCCACCCACUCCUGUCCCCAGCUCUCCCCAUGCCCGGGGGGUUUCUGAUCUGGGGGAGAGCCAGUAAAUCCCAACCCCACAGGAACAAGGGAUCUCCCCAGGAUGCCCUCUCCCUUGUCCCCCUCGCAGGACACGGAGUUUGGCUGAGGCUGCUCCCUCCCGGAGAGCUCCAAGGAACCUGAGGAGUG